GAUCCGGAUCACCAUAGACAUAAGAAAGACAAAACAGAGGAUUACCAGAUUCCGAUAGCAACACAUCAGAGUAGUUCAAAGUUGGAGUAUUUACAAAGUCCAACUCAACCUUGUCAUUCCAAAAAACAGCCAUUCCACCACUCAGCCCAUCAGAAGGCAACACAAAACUGUGGGGAAAUCCAAGCUCCGAUGCUAAAUGAGAGACGUACUGUAUAGUUAUAUAAAUAUAUAAAAUUUAUGUCGUUCUAGGCCUUUAUGUCGUAUGUCAGAUCCAGCGAACCCUCACAAACUUCGCCGGCGAUCUGGUUCUCCACCCUCCAUCUGCUUCUCAUGCAAAGGCCACCAAGAGCGUGGCUAUGUGUGGCAAAGGUACCAUUAAUAUUGUUAUAUUUGUGAUUUGUAAUUUCACAGAGGUUGUCACGUUCUUGCUCUAAAAAUCAGACACCCUUUUCACCUUCCCCACCCUCUCAUCCUAACCCUCUAAAAAAACUCAGAUUUUGAUACCUCUAAGAUCUCUAUCAGUUGGAGUUUAAAGUAUGCUGAUUCUGAAUCAGAAGACUAUGACUGCGAUUCAUCUAAAGUCAAAGUUCUUGACAAUGGUUCAGAUGAAACUCAUCAAAAAUGCAAUUUUUGUCGGCAAAAACUUGUCGGCAAAGAUUCAUCAUUCUUCUAUCAUUGUUCUAUUUGCAAUUUCAGCCUACACUGGAUGUGCACAGUGAAUCCCCCACCUCUCACUAUUGAAAACCUAAAAACCCAUCAACAUACUCUUACCCUCUUUCCUAGAGGAGUCCCUUUGCCAUGUGAUGCUUGUGGCUUCUCUCUUGAUGCUAUUUUUGAUCAAGUUUACUCUUGCCUACUCUGUAACUACGUGAUCCAUAGGAGAUGUAUCUACUUACCUCGUGUCAUUAAGCUCACCCGUCACCUACAUCGUCUCUCUCCCACUUCCUCUAUUGUUCCUUAUUCUGGUGUGUCCCCUUGCGGAGUUUGUCACAAACCCGUAGACGUCAACUACGGGAAAUACUCUUGCAAUAAAGGAUGCGACUAUGCUAUCCAUUCGAAAUGUGCAACAAAGACUCAAGUGUGGAAUGAGAUAGAUCUUGAAAGAGUGCCGGAGGAAGAGGAAGAAGUUCUUGAACCAUUUGUGAGGAUCGAUGAAGAGACUAUACAACAUUUUAGUCAUGAUCAUCAACAUCUAAAGAUUCAGGGGAAUGACAACCGCGGCGACCAUGAAAAUAAGUUUUGCCAAGCUUGCGUCCUUCCGAUGACAGUGUCAGAUCGCUUCUAUAGCUGCAUCUAUUGCGACUUUGUCCUCCAUGAAGCAUGCACAUCCCUUCCUCGCAAACAACACCUUCCCGUACACAAACACUCGCUCACCCUCUUCCAUCCUUCUUCUAGCCCCCCUCGCAGACAACACAAUCUCGUGUUUAAUUAUCAGUGGCUAGGUCUCUUCUAUUGCAACGGAUGCAGACGAAAUUGUUGUGGUUUCAUGUACAAGUGCACCGAAAAUAAGUGUGACUAUCAACUGGGUGUAAGUUUUACCCAAGAUGAAAGGAGGGAAUGUUUGGGUUGCUGGUCUCACUGCUCAAGUGAGUACUUGGAAUGUAUCAAAUGCAACUUUGUUUUAGGUUUUAAAUGUGCUACGUUGCCUUCCUUGGUACACUACAAGCAUGAUAAACAUCCACUCACUCUUUGCUGCGGAGAAAAAGAGACCACGAAUCUCAAAUAUUGGUGCGAGAUCUGUGAAGAGGAAUUAGAACCAUCGGCAUGGUUCUACACAUGUAACUCUUGUUUAGUCACUCUUCACGUCACAUGUUUAUUGGGAAAUGAGAUCUACUUCAAGCCAAACCAUGGCAUCAGACGUAAAAUAGAUUCAGAUAAGGUUGAUAUUGCACGCAACAAUGGUCAUACUAGACCAGCGUGUGAUUUUUGUCAGGGUCGUUGCGUGGACACUUUGGUAUUCAAGGAGUCAAAUAGAACCUUUUGUACUUGGGUUUGUGCCUUACAAUCAUUGAAUUCGUAGUUUUAGUUUUUGUACUGUGGGUCAGAUGGAAUUUUUUUCUUCUAUAUUUGUACUUUUAUGUUUUGGGUUUCUAAUGUAUCUAAUCCUGUUAUCGGAAUGAGUGUUGUAUUCAAAGUUCUGAGGUCCUGAGAUGACGAAGAAAA